UCAGAAAAGGCCAACCCGACGGGGCACGGCCGCACGGCCGGACAAGCACGGGACUCUUCCCCGUUUUAUCUUUCUCCGCCGCCGCCCGCCGCCGCCGCGGCCGCCACCACCAAGCCUCACGUCCAAUCUCUGGCCGUAUCUGCCAAACUCCAAAACCCCCAAACAUGGCACUGAAUUCAGCUACAAUGGCGCAUUCUCUCCGGUGCUGCCCAGCCGGGGCCGCGAUCCGUCGAUCGUUAUCCACGCGCGCCGGCAGUUUCCUCGGAUGCCCUAAUUAUAGCAGCGGUAGAAUAACCUUGAAGAUGGCUCGCGCUUCCCCUGCCGCCUCCGCCCCCGCCCCGGAACCCUUGCCGGCGUUGCCGCCUUUGCCGUGGUGGGCGGAGGACAUGCUUGCGGAGGACGACGAUUACUUCCCCCUCACGGACGUGGAUCCGGCCGGACAGGGACGGGAAGAGCUGAGUGCUAUAUGGGGCGCACUCGUGGCCUCCCCGCUCGAAUCCACUUCCCUCGCGCUGCGCGAAAUCAUGGCCGCCGGCAACGUCUUCCGCUGCCGCAGCUUCCACGCGGGCGUCCUCUCUGGUGCAUUGUUAGUACUCGCUGGUGUCUACCAGCUCUGGCAGGUGGCACCUACCCUUUUUCUGGACGUUGUUCUCGGAUAUAUGUUCUACAAGUUAAGUGAUUUAGCAGCAGAGUUGAAAAGGAAUGGCAGGGCAAAUGAUAUUUGUGCACGAAUACAACUAGUUCUUCUACUUAUAUUGUCUUUCAAGGACAACAGUGCUUAUCAGGGUUUCUACGGUGUUCUUGUGGAUUUGAUCUGGACGCUUAAUAUAUAUCUAUACAUCAUAACGGUUUACUACGAAUUCGUCGGCAUAAAGCACCUCAGAAUCUAUUGGCUUGGGAUUUACAGAACUCUCCGCACCAAAGGUGGACUGAUGAAGGUGGUGAAGCUUACCAUCCGUGAUAUGUUUGGAUGGGUCAAUAAGCUCUACCAGGAUGAUGCAAAUGAUGGGUGAAAAGGGAUGACCCAAAUGGAUAGGUCGCUCGUUUAGUCAGUUUGUUGCUAGCUUUGUUUGCUGCAACGAACUUAUACUGUAUUUAUACCAAAGUAGAUAAGUUUGGUAACAAUGAAAUGUGCAUGUAGGUAUGGGACCUCUAUUGCUGGUGAAAUGUUCUGAUGUGGGAGAUUUGACUCCUGGUUUAUUUUUGUAGAAAUACCCCUCAUCUUUUGAUUGGCCGGUCAA